AUGGUAACAUGCAUGCUUCUGUUCGUUCUGAAAUGCACUCUACUUUUUGCACUCAUGGUUGGAGAGGUGCGCACCUGUAUGCUGAAGAAUCACACCAUAUGGAUUGAGAAGAAAAACUGUUCCCAGUGUGUGGCAAUCAACACAACCAUCUGCAGUGGCUACUGUUACACAAGAGAUACCAAUCUUAAGGGCCACUUUGGAAGGGCUUUCAUGAUUCAGCGGAGCUGUGUGCCUCUCUCUCUGGUGUACCGUCCUGUCUUCAUACCUGGUUGUCCUAAGGAUGUCGGCUCACAGUUUUAUUAUCCCUCGGCCCGCUGCUGCAGCUGCAGACGCUGUGACACACGCAUGCACCACUGUGUACAACCCAGACCGUACUCAUACGAUCAGUGCUCCUUAAAACUUGAUGGUGAUGAGAAAGAGAAGUCGAAACCCUCGGGAAACCUGACAACAUGCUAA